AUGGGAACUAACCCAAAAAGGACGGUGACGGUCCAGAUGGUUCCUCCGCUGGCUGUGGUGGACACGCAGGGAAACCAGGAGGCGAAUGCCAACUGGACUAAAGAGACCAACCUGAACUUCUCUCAAGUUUUUCCAAAGCCCAUCGUCACGUCUCCCGCCCACAAACAGGAUAACUCAUCUGUGACUGCUGCUCCCGCGAACGCCAUCCCACAUCCCCAGAAAACAGCUGCCACAGAACAAGUCUGCAGCAAACCAGCUCCUCCAGCCAAUGGGAACCCGGCAGAAUCUGAUCACGUGACGGGCGCAGACCAACAGAUGCCGGACCUGUCUCUACCUGGCCGAGGUGUGGGUGAGGCAGGAGGCGACCGGAGGGACUCCAACGCUAAUAUGAAAACGUUAAGCCCGGGUGAUGAAAAGGAUUUCUGUGAGGCCGCGGUGCCAUCUGCUGCUCCAGCGUCAACGCUCGACACACAGGUCGCUGACUGCAGGAUAAAAGGGACGAGUGCAGCGAAGGAGGAGCACGUGAAACCGACAUCCACAGCACGAGAGGACAGUAAUAAACAUGUUUCUACCAAUAAUACAAAUCUUAACAAUGCCUGUGAGUUAGGGCAAACGGCAUCUGUGCGCCAACGGGAUAAUAAAGGGAGUAUUUCAGCUCCGCAAAGCAAGGACACUGCUGCAGCCCAGAAAUCUAACGAUCAUAUACAGAGUUUCUCACAAAGCUCUGUCCGUCUGCAAGAGACUCCCGGAUCUAUGAGAAGCAUGGAAACCACAACCACUCUCAGCUGUGCGACACCUUUGUGUCAGAGCCGAGAGGCCGAGACCGGGUCUGCAAGACUGAAUUUAAACUCGACACCUCCAGAGAGGGAUUUGCAACCAGAGAAGAAACCGCAAGUCUCCUCAGAUAAACCUCAGCCAGCGUGCUCUCAGACGGCCGCCUCCACCCUGCCCCAGGCAACACAAAACACAGUGGCAUACGGGCUGGUGACAGAGGGAGCCAGCCAGGCUAACACAGCUGUCUGUGAAGGGCAGCAGCAGCCGCCGUGCAAACUCUACAGGGAGGCUUCGACCAUGACCUCAUCCCUGUCGUCCACUCCAGUCAAGCAGUGUCACGAUAUGGAGGUUCAGGCGGUGGCAAACACGUGCAGCAAGGCCGUGGCCACAAGUCCGAGCCUGCUGCCUUUCUCUGUGACUCGCAGGCAGAGCGGUGGUGCAGUCCCCAGGGAGGAGAGCCUGGCUGUGGCCUAUCAGGGGGAUGGGGGUGUGGGUCUCCAUCACAUGAACAUGACCUCUCUGUCAGCCUCCACCGAGCCAAGGUCAGAGAAGCUGACGAUCGAGGCGGAGAUGUGCCACAACAAAGAUGCAGGCCUGUUUAACUCCUCGUCCCAGCAGGCAGAGGGAGGGCCGGGGGCGAAGCCUAAAGAACCGGCUUCAUGCAACAUCCAGCCGGUUUAUCAAAUCAACAUCGAGCACAGCAGGCCCAAGGAGCCGGGAGAGCCGGGUAACUCCCAGUGUAAACCUGCAGCUCAGACACCUGCAGCCAAAACAACCACUGCUGAGGCUCCCUCUCUUAGAUCAGGAGCAUCCCCGGAGAGAGCCGGCGCUUCCAAGUCUGGAUCUGCUGACAGUAGCAAAACUGCACCGUCUCCGGCUGCGGUCACAACCAAGCCUGUCCAAGCCCCGCCCACAGCAAAAACAGCAGCAAACACCACAGCCAAGGCAGAGCCGGCUAAAAACAAAGCUGAGAGCUCAAAAGAAAAGAGCAAAGGUGUUGGAGGCAAAGCCGCUGGAGGCAAAGGCGUUGGAGGCAAAGCUGUGACAAAUUCGGGCAAAAAGAAAGCAGAACAGGCGAGGAAGAAAGAAGAGGAUGACGAGGCAGCAAAGCAGAAGGAGAAGGGCGUCCAUGACGUGGUGUGGGACGAGCAGGGGAUGACCUGGGAGGUCUACGGGGCCUCGGUGGACCCCGAGUCGCUGGGUUUUGCCAUCCAGAGCCACUUGCAGUGCAAAAUCAAGGAGCAAGAGAAGAAGCUGGUCACCCAGACCUCCAUCCGAAAGUCGUUCUCUGGCGCCGCCUCGCCGGUGCACGCGAGGAAGAACAAGAGGAGGCAGCAGAACAUUUUCAGGUCAAUGCUGCAAAAUGUCAGGCGGCCCAACUGCUGCGCGCGUCCCCCUCCCUCGGCCGUCCUCGAGUAG